AUGGACACUUUGACUCUUCGCGGCACUCUUGAAGGCCAUGGCAACUGGGUUACUGCUAUUGCCACCACCUCUGAAGCCCCUGACAUGGUUUUGUCCGCUUCGCGUGACAAGUCCGUUAUUGUCUGGCACCUUACUCGUGAUGAGGUGAACUAUGGUGUUCCUCGCAAGUCUUUGUUGGGCCACAACCACUUUGUCCAAGACCUUGCUAUCUCCUCUGAUGGUCAAUUCGCUCUUUCCGCCUCUUGGGAUAAGACCCUUCGUCUUUGGGAUUUGAACACUGGCACCACCACUCGCCGUUUCGUUGGCCACACUGGUGAUGUUCUCUCUGUUUCUUUCUCUGCUGACAACCGUCAAAUCGUUUCUGGUUCCCGUGACAAGAGCAUCAAGUUGUGGAACACCCUUGGCGAGUGCAAGUAUCAACUUACCGAAGAUGGUCACUCUGAUUGGGUCUCUUGCGUUCGUUUCUCUCCUAACCCUGCUAACCCUGUUAUCGUUUCCGGUGGUUGGGAUAAGAUCGUCAAGAUCUGGGACUUGACCAAGCUCAAGUUGCGCACCAACUUCAUUGGCCACAAUGGCUACGUCAACACUGUCACCGUUUCCCCCGAUGGCUCUCUUUGCGCUUCCGCUGGCAAGGAUGGUGUUGUCAUGCUUUGGGACUUGAACGACUCCAAGCACCUCUACUCCCUUGAGGCUGGUGAUGUUGUCAACGCCCUUACUUUCUCCCCCAACCGCUACUGGCUCGUUGCUGCUACCUCUUCUUCCAUCAAGGUUUGGGAUCUUGAGAACAAGGAACUCGUUGAUGAGCUUCGUCCUGAAUUCAACCAAGUUGGCAAGAACAAGUCUCGUGACCCCGAGUGUGUUUCCAUUGCUUGGUCCGCUGAUGGCGCUACUCUUUUCUCUGGCUACACUGAUAACCUUAUCCGUGUCUGGCAAGUGUCUCGCACUCUCUAA